UUGCAUAUUGAUCAGAUGCUUCAGUGCUCUGAGAGUGUUUAUAGUGCUGUGAGUUUAACACUUCAUCACUGACACACACAACAAUCUUCAUCAACAUGACCUUCAUCAUCAUCUUCAUCUGGACUCUCACAGUGUUUGCUCAAGAGUGUAGAGGACAGAUCACCAUCACUCAGAGUCCCUCAAUGACAGCAGCUCAACCAAGAGAAACAGUCAAAAUCAACUGUAAAACCAGCAGAAAUGUGUACAAGGAUCAUUUGCCAGACCGUUUAGCCUGGCACAUACAGAAACCUAGAGAAGCUCCUAAACUCCUGAUUUAUUGGGCUAACCGCCUCCAGUCAGGAACUCCAUCUAGAUUCAGUGGCAGUGGAUCUGGGACUGAUUUCACUCUGACCAUCAGUGGAGUCCAGACUGAAGAUGCUGGACAUUAUUACUGUCAGAGUGAAGACAGCAGUGGCGUCACUCGUCCUAAAUUGAGUGUCCUGCCGCCCUCCAGUGCAGAGAUCUCCUCAAAGAAGACAGCGACACUGGUGUGUGUGGCCAACAAGGGCUUCCCGUCAGACUGGAGCCUGAGCUGGAAGGUGGACGGGAGCAGCAGGUCUCAGGAGAGCAGCGCUGGGCUCCUGGAGAAGGACGGUCUGUACAGCUGGAGCAGCAGCCUGACUCUCUCUGAGCAGGAGUGGAUGGAGAGCGUCUCAGUGAGCUGUGAGGCCACACGGAGCGGCCAGCCUGCGCUCACUGGACACAUGACCAGACAUCAGUGUUCAGAGUAGAUCUGCUGCUCUUCUCACUCAUGUCUAUUCGGUCGCUCUCAUUUGCAUCUGCUCUGCUUUGUGUGUUUGUA